CAAGAGCAAACAAGUCCCACUGACACAGUCACUUCUGAGCCUGUUGGUACCACUUUGGUAUCUGAUCAAACCAGUCAAACAGAUUCAGUAACAUCUGACCCAGCAGAGACCUCCUCAACACCUGAGCAAACCAAUCCCACUGACACAGUAACAUCAGAUUCUGGCCAGACAACCAUGUCAUCUGACCUUACAGGUUCUACAGAUACAUUUACAUCUGAGCCUGCUGGAACCACCUUGGAAUCGGAAUCAGCUGUUACAACUGAUUCAAUAACACCUGAGACUGAAGGGACAACAUCAGCACUAGAGCAAACAAGUCCCACUGACACAGUCACUUCUGAGCCUGUUGGUACCACUUUGGUAUCUGAUCAAACCAGUCAAACAGAUUCAGUAACAUCUGACCAAGCAGAGACCUCCUCAACACCUGAGCAAACCAAUCCCACUGACACAGUAACAUCAGAUUCUGGCCAGACAACCAUGUCAUCUGACCUUACAGGUUCUACAGAUACAUUUACAUCUGAGCCUGCUGGAACCACCUUGGAAUCGGAAUCAGCUAUUACAACUGAUUCAAUAACACCUGAGACUGCAGAGACAACUUCAGCACAAGAGCAAACAAGUCCCACUGACACAGUCACUUCUGAGCCUGUUGGUACCACUUUGGUAUCUGAUCAAACCAGUCAAACAGAUUCAGUAACAUCUGACCCAGCAGAGACCUCCUCAACACCUGAGCAAACCAAUCCCACUGACACAGUAACCACAGAUUCUGGCCAGACAACCACGUCACUUGACCUCACAGGAUCUACAGACACAGUUACCUCUGAGCCUGCUGGUACCACCUUGGCAUCAGAAUCAACUGAUCCAACUGAUUCAAUAACACCUGAGACGGAAGGGACAACAUCAGCACUAGAGCAAACAAGUCCCACUGACACAGUAACUUCUGAGCCUUUUGGUACCACUUUGGUAUCUGAUCAAACCAGUCAAACAGAUUCAGUAACAUCUGACCCAGCAGAGACCUCCUCAACACCUGAGCAAACCAAUCCCACUGACACAGUAACAUCAGAUUCUGGCCAGACAACCAUGUCAUCUGACCUUACAGGUUCUACAGAUACAUUUACAUCUGAACCUGCUGGAACCACCUUGGAAUCGGAAUCAGCUGUUACAACUGAUUCAAUAACACCUGAGACUGCAGAGACAACUUCAGCACAAGAGCAAACAAGUCCCACUGACACAGUCACUUCUGAGCCUGUUGGUACCACUUUGGUAUCUGAUCAAACCAGUCAAACAGAUUCAGUAACAUCUGACCCAGCAGAGACCUCCUCAACACCUGAGCAAACCAAUCCCACUGACACAGUAACAUCAGAUUCUGGCCAGACAACCAUGUCAUCUGACCUUACAGGUUCUACAGAUACAUUUACAUCUGAGCCUGCUGGAACCACCUUGGAAUCGGAAUCAGCUAUUACAACUGAUUCAAUAACACCUGAGACUGGAGAGACAACAUCAGCACAAGAGCAAACAAGUCCCACUGACACAGUCACUUCUGAGCCUGUUGGUACCACUUUGGUAUCUGAUCAAACCAGUCAAACAGAUUCCGUAACAUCUGACCCAGCAGAGACCUCCUCAACACCUGAGCAAACCAAUCCCACUGACACAGUAACCACAGAUUCUGGCCAGACAACCACGUCACUUGACCUCACAGGAUCUACAGACACAGUUACCUCUGAGCCUGCUGGUACCACCUUGGCAUCAGAAUCAACUGAUCCAACUGAUUCAAUAACACCUGAGACGGAAGGUACAACAUCAGCACUAGAGCAAACAAGUCCCACUGACACAGUAACUUCUGAGCCUUUUGGUACCACUUUGGUAUCUGAUCAAACCAGUCAAACAGAUUCAGUAACAUCUGACCAAGCAGAGACCUCCUCAACACCUGAGCAAACCAAUCCCACUGACACAGUAACAUCAGAUUCUGGCCAGACCACCAUGUCAUCUGACCUUACAGGUUCUACAGAUACAUUUACAUCUGAGCCUGCUGGAACCACCUUGGAAUCGGAAUCAGCUGUUACAACUGAUUCAAUAACACCUGAGACUGCAGAGACAACUUCAGCACAAGAGCAAACAAGUCCCACUGACACAGUCACUUCUGAGCCUGUUGGUACCACUUUGGUAUCUGAUCAAACCAGUCAAACAGAUUCAGUAACAUCUGACCCAGCAGAGACCUCCUCAACACCUGAGCAAACCAAUCCCACUGACACAGUAACAUCAGAUUCUGGCCAGACCACCAUGUCAUCUGACCUUACAGGUUCUACAGAUACAUUUACAUCUGAACCUGCUGGAACCACCUUGGAAUCGGAAUCAGCUAUUACAACUGAUUCAAUAACACCUGAGACUGCAGAGACAACUUCAGCACAAGAGCAAACAAGUCCCACUGACACAGUCACUUCUGAGCCUGUUGGUACCACUUUGGUAUCUGAUCAAACCAGUCAAACAGAUUCAGUAACAUCUGACCCAGCAGAGACCUCCUCAACACCUGAGCAAACCAAUCCCACUGACACAGUAACAUCAGAUUCUGGCCAGACCACCAUGUCAUCUGACCUUACAGGUUCUACAGAUACAUUUACAUCUGAACCUGCUGGAACCACCUUGGAAUCGGAAUCAGCUGUUACAACUGAUUCAAUAACACUUGAGACUGAAGGGACAACAUCAGCACUAGAGCAAACAAGUCCCACUGACACAGUAACUUCUGAGCCUGUUGGUACCACUUUGGUGUCUGAUCAAACCAGUCAAACAGAUUCCGUAACAUCUGACCCAGCAGAGACCUCCUCAACACCUGAGCAAACCAAUCCCACUGACACAGUAACCUCAGAUUCUGGCCAGACAACCAUGUCAUCUGACCUUACAGGUUCUACAGAUACAGUUACCUCUGAGCCUGCUGGUACCACCUUGGAAUCGGAAUCAACUGGUCCAACUGAUUCAAUAACACCUGAGACUGUAGAGACAACUUCAGCACAAGAGCAAACAAGUCCCACUGACACAGUCACUUCUGAGCCUGUUGGUACCACUUUGGUAUCUGAUCAAACCGGUCAAACAGAUUCAGUAACAUCUGACCCAGCAGAGACCUCCUCAACACCUGAGCAAACCAAUCCCACUGACACAGUAACAUCAGAUUCUGGCCAGACAACCAUGUCAUCUGACCUUACAGGUUCUACAGAUACAUUUACAUCUGAGCCUGCUGGAACCACCUUGGAAUCGGAAUCAGCUGUUACAACUGAUUCAAUAACACCUGAGACUGGGGAAACCACAUCAGCACUAGAGCAAACAAGUCCCACUGACACAGCAACUUCUGAGCCUUUUGGUACCACUUUGGUAUCUGAUCAAACCAGUCAAACAGAUUCAGUAACAUCUGACCCAGCAGAGACCUCCUCAACACCUGAGCAAACCAAUCCCACUGACACAGUAACCUCAGAUUCUGGCCAGACAACCACGUCACUUGACCUCACAGGACCCACAGACACAGUUACCUUUGAGCCUGCUGGUACCACCUUGGUAUCAGAAUCAACUGAUCCAACUGAUUCAAUAACACUUGAGACUGAAGGGACAACAUCAGCACUUGAGCAAACCAUUCCCACUGACACAGUAACCUCAGAUUCUGGCCAGACAACCAUGUCACCUGACAUUACAGGUUCUACAGAUACAUUUACAUCUGAGCCUGCUGGAACCACCUUGGAAUCGGAAUCAACUGGUCCAACAGAUUCAAUAACACCUGAGACUGUAGAGACAACUUCAGCACAAGAGCAAACCAAUCCCACUGACACUAGUCAAACAGAUUCAGUAACAUCUGACCCAGCAGAGACCACGUCCUCAACACCUGAGCAAACUACUCUCACAGACACAGUAACCUCAGAUUCUGGCCAGACAACCACGUCACUUGACCUCACAGGAUCUACAGACACAGUUACAUCUGAGCCUGCUGGAACCACCUUGGAAUCGGAAUCAGCUGUUACAACUGAUUCAAUAACACCUGAGACUGCAGACACAACUUCAGCACAAGAGCAAACAAGUCCCACUGACACAGUCACUUCUGAGCCUGUUGGUACCACUUUGGUAUCUGAUCAAACCAGUCAAACAGAUUCCGUAACAUCUGACCCAGCAGAGACCUCCUCAACACCUGAGCAAACCAAUCCCACUGACACAGUAACCUCAGAUUCUGGCCAGACAACCACGUCACUUGACCUCACAGGACCUACAGACACAGUUACCUCUGAGCCUGCUGGUACCACCUUUGUAUCAGAAUCAACGGUUCCAACUGAUUCAGUUACAACACAACCUGAGCAAACCUCUGCUACAGAACCACUAACCUCUGAUCCAUCUCAAACCACAUCAACCAUGGAAACAUCAACACCAACAGAUCUACCUACUGAACCGCCCACUACUUUACCACCUACACAGUCAUCUAUACCGUCCACUAAACCACCGACUGAUCCACCAACCACACCACCAACAUCACCUGCCACGCAUACUACUACUCGACCAAUCAGCACAGUGGAGCCCUUAGAUUGCCAAAAUGGGUCAGAAUAUAAUGGAACACACUGCAUAUGUCUUGUUGGAUUCCGUGGAAACUUGUGCGAAUAUGUUGUCACUUUUGAGCCAGAUACACUCAACAGGUCAGUCGUUGUAAAAGUGGUGAUCAAUCAGGAAUACAAACCAGAAUAUGAAAAUGAGAAGUCACCUGAAUAUAAAGACUUUGUUGGAAACUUUACCACCCAGAUGGAAAUAUAUUAUAUUGAAAAGAAGAUAGCCAACUUUAAUCGGGUGGUGGUAACUAGUGUGAGACCUGGAGCCCCUGCGGUCAGAUUCUCAGAUUACACUUUGAAAAAGAGGAGAUUACGAUCCGAAGUUAUCUACAGUAUCGCACCAAGAGCAAAUGGUGUUAGUGUCACACAUGAUGUGGUUUUGGCAAUUCCAAACAACGCCAGCUUUGACUAUAUAUAUGAGGAAGAUGUCAAAGCAGUUGAGGCGGCUGUUGGAGGGCUUGUUGACUGCUUCACAGACUGUCCUUACAACAUCACAACUACUCCUGAAGUUAAUGAAACCGUAACAGAUUUGGGAGGUGUAUGUGAAAGAAUUGUGAACGAUGCAGAUACUGUUGGAUUCCACGAACUUGCGAAUGUUACUGGAGUCAUCACGUGUAGGACAGUAUGUAACAGUUUGCAUACGAAGGUUAAAAAAUGCUACAAUAAAGGAAUCUGCAGAGUGUACAGGAACGUUGGAGCGCUUUGUCAUUGCCCAAAGGAGGAUUCCACUUGGUACUUGGGCGAUGACUGUAGCCUCCCGAUAUGGAGGACCGGUUUCUACAUAGGCAUAUCUGUGACCUUGUGUUUCCUGUUGUUGAGUGUGGGAGGGUUAUCUCUAUUCCUGCUGCUCAACAAACGCAAACAAAAGAUGAAGGAAGAUAUUAAAAUCCAGCAGGUAAACCAGUGGAUAACUGAGGAGUUUGACUGGUCCAGAUCCGAUGACUCAGUUAAUGCCGGAGGGCUCCAAAACCCUUCAUUCACAUAUGAUGAAUCAGACCAGGAGGAUCCAGGAUCUAGACGUACUGCACCUUCCUCUGCGUUCACGCCACUGUCUUUGGAUCUUGACAGCAGAGGGUUUGGCGCUUCAGCGAGCAACUACCCCUCAACCCGAGCAGCACCACGAUACAAUGCUCCAUCUUCUAAUGCUGGAUUCUCACAGGCUUCCAGCGUAGACUUCCCAUUGAGCCCGCCGAUGAGGAUCAGCAGGCCUCAGAUCAGGCCCUUCUGGGAAGUCUGAGUCUCCCCUUUCUAACAUAACUUGUUCGUCAUGACUUUGCUGCCUAAGAUAAACAUCUAAAAUGCAUCAGUCAUAAUUUAUAUUUAUAUGCACGUACAAUGCAGCAACUGUACUAGUUCUGACUAUUUUAGAUAUUUUUUAUUAUUUCAUGAUUUAUUUAUUAAUUUUCUUGAACUGACAGCAAGCCAGUGCUUUAUUUAUGAGUCUAUUGAACAACCCUGUCAUAAAAUCUAUGACGCUUCUUAUAUACAGUGUUUUCCAUACUGUGUCAGGGAGCAAUGGAUUCACUUCUGUGUUCAUGUAUGAGGCCGUAGGUAGUGCAGUUGUGUUGGAACACAUUAUGGAGAGCUCAAUCCUGAAGUAGAGAUUUUAAAUGUAACUCCGCAGCACAGAAGCACUUUGAAGAGACAUCAGGACAUCACUGAUGAGUGCAGUUUAUUAUCCACAGGAUUAAAGAACAUUUUGUUAUAAUUGAUUUCAUUGUUUGGAGUUUGUUGAAUUUGCCAAGUCUGUCAGCCAAUGAUGAUUGAGAUCUGAGGCAGAAGUAUAGUAUAGAGAGGAAUGAAGGUCUUUCUGAUUAUUUGCACUAUGUGCACUUCACCUUAAUGCAUUGGAUGCACUUUAUGUAAAU